CUGUUUCCUUCAUCGGUGGCUGCUGUGGCCCAGUGCCGUUCGAGUCCUCAGUAGUAAUUCGCCGGCUCGGGUGAAAUGUGUUCCACUGUUGUUGGUCGCCUCCACGAAACUGCUGCUGGAUAACUCUGGAUAUACAGACGUACAACACGUGAGCAGACGAUAUAAUAAUAACAUAAGAAUAUAACGACUGCAGUAGCUCACGAAACGCAUCCAGGAUGAGCAGCAGUUGCAACUGCCCGGUGACCCAGCCGGGACCCACAUUGGCCAGUACGUGCGGUGGGUCGGCGUUCAUGCUUUUCAUGGGCCUGUUGGAGGUAUUCAUCAGGUCACAGUGCGACAUCGAAGACCCGUGUGGACGGCCAGAGAAUGUGGCGUCGCCAGAUAAGGAGUACGACUUCAUCGUUGUGGGUGGUGGGUCGGCGGGCAGCGUGAUGGCCAGCAGACUCAGCGAGGUGCCCCAAUGGAAAGUUCUGUUAAUUGAGUCGGGUGGCGAUGAGCCCACCGGCACACAAGUCCCGUCAAUGUUUCUGAAUUUCUUGGGCUCGUCAAUCGAUUGGAGUUACAAUACGGAACCUGAGGAAAUGGCGUGCUUAAGCAGCCCGGAGAGACGAUGCAACUGGCCCAGAGGAAAGGUGUUGGGUGGCACGAGCGUGAUGAACGGCAUGAUGUACAUGCGGGGCAGCCGGCACGACUUCGACGGCUGGGCCAAGAUGGGAAAUCCGGGAUGGAGCUACCAGGACGUGUUGCCGUACUUCCUUAAGUCUGAGGACAACCACCAGGCGACCACUAUGGACGCCGGUUACCACGGAGUCGGCGGCCCGUUGCCGGUCGGCCAGUUCCCAUACCACCCACCGCUGUCGCACGCCAUCCUACAGGCCGGUCUGGAGCUCGGCUACCAGGUGCGUGACCUGAACGGUGCCCUGCACACGGGUUUCGCAAUCGCGCAGACCAUGUCCAAGAACGGUUCACGUUACAGCAUGGCCCGGGCGUUCCUAAGGCCGGCCAAGGACAGGGCCAACCUGCAUGUGAUGCUCAACGCCACUGUGACCCGGGUGCUCAUCGACCCCAAGAAGAAGGCGGCGUAUGGAGUGGAGGUGUAUACGGACGGACGGACGAUGACGAUCGGUGCACGGCAAGAAGUAAUCGUGUCAGGUGGCGCAGUCGCCUCGCCGCAGUUACUGCUACUGUCGGGCGUCGGGCCCAAAGAUGACCUGCGUGCCGUCGGUGUGCCAGUCGUGCACGAUCUGCCGGGAGUCGGCCGGAACCUCCACAAUCACGUGGCGUUCUUUGUCAACUUCCGCAUCAACGACACGUCAACGACGCCACUGAACUGGGCCACGGCCAUGGAGUACUUGCUGUUCCGGGACGGGCUCAUGUCCGGCACUGGCAUAUCCGAGGUGACCGCCGUACUUCCGUCCAAGUACGUCAAUCCUGCCGAUGACAACCCCGACCUGCAGUUCUUCUUCGGUGGUUACCUGGCCGACUGUGCCAAGACCGGCCAGGUGGGCGAAAAGUCGGGCAGCGGCGUUGGCGACGGCCGGCGAACCAUCAACAUGAUACCGGCUGUGUUGCAUCCCAAGAGCCGCGGCCAGCUCAAGCUCAAGUCGUCCGAUCCGCUCGCCCACCCGGCCAUCUACGCCCGGUACCUGAGCCAUCCCGACGACGUGGCUGUGUUGGUGGAAGGCAUCAAGAUCGCGGUUAAGUUGUCCGAGACACCCGCACUCCGCAAGUAUGGCAUGGAACUGGACCGGACGCCGGCGAUGGGCUGCGAGGACCUGGAGUUUGGAUGCGACGCGUACUGGGAGUGUGCGGUGCGCCGAAACACCGGACCUGAGAACCACCAGGCCGGAAGUUGUCGGAUGGGACCACCAAGCGACCCGGGUGCCGUCGUCGACGCGGAGCUCCGCGUGCACGGCGUCGACCGGCUGCGAGUGGUCGACGCAUCUGUCAUGCCGGCCGUUACUUCCGGAAAUACCAACGCUCCGGUGGUGAUGAUCGCCGAAAAGGCGUCCGACAUGAUCAAGGCCCGGUGGGUUGGCCGGAAGCCGUGGAGCAAGUGAACGCAGUCCCACUGUACGACCACGUCCCGCGACCGGCAUUCAAGUCGUCGCCUCCACCUAUUUAGGUACCUACUAUAAUAUUAUUAUGUAUUCGCGACUAUUAUAUACGAUACGUCUACGAGUUAGGGUUACGAGCUCGGUAUGAUUGUAUACGCGGUAAAGUUAGUACGCAGUUUCACGUUAAGCCCUAAUAUUAUAUACAGAGCACGCUUUUAAUAAAUUGAUCGCUUAAUUAUCAAUUAAUUAUUAUUAUUAUUGUUAUCUUUAUUAUACAUUGUAUCAGAACAUAUUAUUAUUAUAAUAUUGCGUACCUAGAUCUUAUUUAAAUAAUAUUUUAGUCGAUAGGUAGGUAACGUAACGUAUAUAUAAACUAUAAUAAUGUAAUUAAAAUAUAUAUUGAAAUGCCAUGACAAGAAAUUAGGGCCAUUAUUAUAUUUAAUAAUGUUAUUAAGAAGCGAUUUAGCCAACAAAUACCGUGCGUAUAUUGUUAAGUAUAUUUUAUGCAUUAUAUUAUUAUUUUGUUUAUAAUAUCGGUACGCUCAUACAUAAAGCUGCGCGUUGUGUUUUAGUCUUUAGUUUGUCAUUGCAAGGUGUACUACAAUGAUUAUUAUUUUCACCUAGCUAGGUACCUAAAUUAUAAAUAGCAUGUAGGCAAAAGUUUAAGAAUCACUUAAUUUGGGACAAAUCAUGUCAAAAUAAAUUAUAUUAUAUUCUAUACUAUGGAUCUUUGUAUGGCUAAGUGAUAUGCACAAUUUUUUUUUUUUUUUUACUAAUUAUUGCUUAAUCUUACGUUAAACAUAAGUAUGUAGACCUAAUAAUAAUAGUUAUAUUAAUUUAUACCAUAUUACAUUAUUAUUUUGUCAUUGUAUUACGUUGUAUCAGGAUAUUAUGCAUUUUAUUUAUCACGUCGAAUAGUUUAAAGUAUAUAAUUUUGUAUUUUAUCGUAGUCUUAAUACAGACGUAUCGUCCGUUUAUUAUUGUAUAAUUUAAAAGAACAAAAAAAUUAAUCAAAAAUAUCGAUAAAAUUAAUUACACUUAUAAUACUAUUAUACUUCAAUAGGAAUUAUAAUACAAUAUAAUUAAUUGUAAGUUAAAAAUAUUAUGUAUAAUAUCGAUAGAUCAUACGAAUUUGAACUGUGCAAUUUAUAAUA